GAGAAAGAGAAAACUCUCUACCAGAGAAAGUGAUAGAGAGGGCCAGAGGAAAAGAGGGUCUGCUUUUUGGGCACUUUAUCAAGUUGCAGGUUUUGGAGCAUCGUGACGCGAAGGUUCCGAUUAUAGAGUUUUUUAAAAUAAAAAAAAAAAAAAAUUGGGUUAAUUAUUUUAUAUUCAUAGGAUUAUAAUAUAAAAUAUAAGUUUCCUAAGAAUAUCAAAGAGGGUUGGUUUUGUUGUGUGACUCUGUAUAUUUAAAUAUAAAAAUAUUUAUAAACAUAUCCACUGCUGCUUUGUAACACACUCGCAAAGCCUAUCAUCUUGACAGAACCAAGAAAAUUUUGGUGUGGCAGGUCACGCAUCCUCAGGAGCUGCCAUGGCUUUUAUUUCAGGGUUCAACACGAGCUUCUCUCACUACAUGGACGAUGAAUAUGAGAAACUCUUCAGAAGAAUGAACCCACCCAGAGUUGUAAUUGAUAAUGAAUCCUGCAAGAAUGCGACUGUUAUAAGGGUUGAUAGUGCAAACAAGCAUGGAAUACUUCUUGAAGUUGUACAAAUUCUCACUGAUCUAAACCUUAUAGUAACUAAGGCUUACAUAUCUUCUGAUGGAGGAUGGUUCAUGGAUGUUUUUAAUGUCAUUACCCAGGAUAGAAAGAAGGUUACAGAUGAAGCUAUUUUGGAGUACAUUCGAAAGUCUCUUGGCCCGGAAUCUUGCAUUACGAGAUCUGUUGGGGUCAAACAAACGAUGGACCGCACUGCAAUAGAGCUAAUGGGAAGUGAUAGGCCAGGACUGCUUUCAGAAGUGAGUGCUGUUCUAACCAAUCUCAAGUGCAACAUAGUGAAUGCAGAGGUGUGGACUCAUAAUACCCGUGCAGCAGCUGUGAUGCAUGUAACUAAUGAAGAAACAGGUUCUGCUAUCACUGACCCGCAGAGGCUUUCUCUAAUUAAGGAGCUUUUAUGCAAUGUGCUUGGUGGUGGCAACAAAAUCAGGGGGGCUAGAAGUGUAGUCUCUGAAGAAGUGACACAUACCGAGAGAAGGCUUCACCAGAUGAUGUUUGCUGAUAGGGAUUAUGAACGAGUUGAUGAUGAUGACUUUGUUGAGAAGAGAAGACCGGAUGUGAAUGUUGUGAAUUGGUCUGACAAAGAUUACUCAGUAGUUACUAUCCAAUGUAAGGAUAGGGCGAAGCUUCUCUUCGACAUAGUUUUUACUUUGACAGACAUGCAGUAUGUGGUUUUCCAUGCAAGUAUUGAUGCUGAGGGGCCAGAAGCAUAUCAGGAAUAUUACAUAAAGCACAUAGAUGGGUCCCCUGUAAAAUCAGAUGCAGAAAGACAAAGAGUGAUACAGUGUCUUGAAGCUGCUAUUGAGAGAAGAGUAUCUGAGGGUUUGAAACUAGAACUCUGCACGACCGACAGAGUUGGACUUUUGUCUGAUGUGACACGUAUAAUCCGUGAGAACAGCCUCACAGUUACAAGGGCAGAAGUGACAACCAAAGGGGGCAAAGCUGUGAACACCUUCUAUGUAGGAGGGGCUUCAGGUUUCCCUAUUGAUUCCAAGAUCAUAGAAUCCAUUCGCCAGGCAAUUGGCAACACUAUACUUAAAGUUAAGGGAAGGCCUGAAGAGUUGAAACCUGCUCAUCAGGAUUCUCCAACAAGAUUCCUCUUUAGUGGUCUUUUCAAAUCCAGAUCCUUUGUCAACUUCGGAUUGGUCAAGUCUUAUUCUUGAGAAUGUGAAUUAUAAUGUGCUUUACUUUCUUCUUGUACAGGAAAAGUGAUGAAGAUGCAAACCUCUAUACUGUCACAUAUUCACCUUAGAGGAAGCGUGUCUUUAGCAUAGGAAGUAGGAACACUACAAUAGCUUGAAAACAUUGAAUCCUUAGAUAAAUUGCCAUUAUGUAUCCAAUCAUGAGUUGGAACGAUGAAAUCAAAAGGAACCUUAAUUGGGCAACGCCCUUGAAUUGUCAAUAUUU